AUGGCGCCGAGGAAAGCUGUAAGCCCAGCGAAGCCUCGCCGCAUCACCCGCGCCCGAGCAGCUGAUGCCGGCACCACCACCACCGCGACGACACCAAUCGAAGAAACUUCCAAGCGACGAACCACCAAAGCGGCGCCCAUACCCACGACAAGCGGUGCGAAAGCCCUGGAGGCAAAAUCCCGAGUUACUAAGAAGACGACGACGAGUAAAGGGACAAAGGGUGGACGAGCAAACACGAGGUCGGCCAAGGUGCUGCCUGUCCUAGAGGAGGAUGCCAGUGAUCAAGACGACGAUGAAGAAGUGAUGGAAGCCACGGUUACCAAGCCGCCUGUCAAGCCAUCGAGGACCUCGACGCGAACCACUGCAAACACCUCCGCCCCUACCGCGACUGCUGGUCUGGCGGCAGCGCCUCGACGUCGAGUAAAGGUCACGCCAUUGACUCAGAAUGACUCUCAACCUGAACCAGUCGUUACAGCGCCUUCAGAAAAAGUCACCGUAGCGAAGAAGGCGUCUGCAAAGGCAAAGAAGGAAAGCACCUCGGCAGAAGAGAAGAAGCCAGCUACAUCACGAAGUAAGAAAGAAUCUGCGGCUGUGAAACAAAACAAGGACGCAAAUGUCGCGGGCACCAACCCAGAACCCAAAAAGCGAGGACGGGGUCGAACUGUGCAGAACGACCCGGGGCCGGAAGAAGAGCCUCCGCAGGUCUCUACGUCGACAGCAGCCAAGUCUCGUGGAAAGCCGAAGAAGGAGAAGAUUCCUCUACCGCCCGUGGAAGAGCCUAAGCCUGCGCCUGUCACAACUCGGCAGACACGAGCCAGGGCCGGGUCCGUGAACUCAUCUGUCGCUGCAGAGCCUGCUGUCAGUGUUGUGGUCCCCGUGAAGAAGAAAGUCACCUUCGAAGCUCUCCCUGAGGAUGACGACGAGAAAGAGAAUAAACGACCCAGAACCAUGGCCAAGUCCAAGAGCACAAAGGCAUCAGCUGCCUCAAAGAAGGCCGAGACGACAGCCACCGGCAUGCGUGCGAAACCGAUUCGGAAGCCUGCCACCACUAGAACGGCAAAAGCCACUCGAGCAACAGGUCCCUCGAAAGCUGUGGCAUGCAAGCCUCAGAAAGAGACCGAGGUCACAGAAAAGAUCCAGGCUCGAGCACUAACCCCGAAAAAGAUUACACAAGUCGCAAAGGGAAUGCCCAUGGAUAGUGACGAGGAGGAGGAAGAUGAGCUUGCUGGCGCGAAAACACCGGUUCGCGAUCUGAGCCUCUCACCCAAACGUGGACUCGCGGCUUCGGCGACACGACCGUUGUCGCCCAUCAAGAAGCUUGACUUUUCACCCGCAUUCCACCUAGGAUCACCUCAGAAAAACCAUAUAUCUGAGGCUAUGGCUAUGUUGAGCCCGCCGCGGCGGCAGGCUUCUCCAGCCAAGGACUCGUUGAAAGAAUCCCCUCGACGAGCGCCUGAGGGCGUUACGAUCUUCCGGGCAAAUGUUCCAGACAUCCAUAACACCGCAGCCCUGGUCCUGGACCCUUGCAACACCCAGUCCAUGCUUCACCAAUCCCCAAAGAGAGGCUUAUCGGAUAGACUAGUGUUCCCGCCAUCCGCUGUAAAGUUACGAACCACUCCACUCAAAACCUCCUUGUUGUCUUCGCCUGCCCGACGCCUCUUCUCGGCUUCAAAGCAGCGGACGCCUGCUCAGGUGUCGCCAUCGUUUGGGAAGAUUUCCGAGCAAGAAUCACCGGAUUCGUCAGUCGACGAGGCAGUGCUACAGAAUGAAGAGAGUGAAGAAGUUGUAGUGUCCUCGCAUUUCAGAUCGUCAGUCUCUCCACAGCGUUUGGCAAGGGUGUAUAGGCUGAGUGAGGAUGAGCUGGCCGAGGAACGGGACGGUGACGUCGAUUUCGACCAGUCGGUGCUGAACAUCAGAAGUCCUCUCAAGGUGGACAAGUCGAAGCCCGUCGAGGAGACUUUGGCCGAGGAAAUGGUUCUGGAGGACCCGGCCGUUGAGGAUGAUGUUCAGUCAGCUGCGGAGGAAAACGAUCAUGAGGAAUACAUGGAAGUUGAUGCCACCGACAACACAGCUCCAGAUCCCGCAGUCGAUGCAGACGAAACUAUCGUGGAUCCUGAGUUUGAAGCUGACGAGCCAUCUGACGAGGAGGAGAUCUCGGACAUUGUCGAAGACGUCGGUGCUCACGCUACUGAAGAUGCCCACCAAGAUGUGGAAAGUCCUGUCAAGAAACCCAGAAUGUCGGACGCCCUCUUCAGCCGCCUUCGACACAUCGACGACGACUCUGAAGAUGAACUUGCUGUAGAACAGACACCAGACAAUCGAGCUCUCAGACCAAGCUUUCGACCCAGCAUCGGCGCUGUGGAUAUUGGGUCUCGUCUCUCGACAGGAGUUGCCCCAGAGAGUGCAUCUAAAAAUCUGGGUUUCACUCCUCUGGCCGCCCAAGUCCAAGGUUGGCGUGCUGCCAGUCCUGAAAAGAGGGCCUCUGCUCUUUCCAGGUCACGGGGACUGUUUUCGCCUGUUGCUCAGAUGCACGUUACUGGGGCUGUGGAGCUGAGUAGGCCUAAUACUCCAGGGCGGGAAUCGUCGAAACGAAAGUCAAUAGCCAGCAGGCUUUCUCUGGCUGCUUCCACUGCCGAAAGCCCCGCCGGGCCUAACUUCUUCGCUGAUGGGAUGGCUGCGCGAGACUUUCAAGAUCAGGUAGAAGACGAUGCUGCUGCUGUGGAAGACGAAGAUCUUCACAACCUGAUGGCACAAGAUGUUUCACAGCAAAAUACGCCUGACGAACUCGACGGAGAGGUUGAAGCCUCAUCUGGAGACGAGGCGGCCAAGACAACGGCAGAGUUGACGACGGACUUGAUCAACUUUACCAACGCAUCCGAUACCGCCAUGGUCGAUUUCAAGGCUCUGGCAAAUGAAGCUGAAGAUCUUGCGGCUCAAGAUGGACACGAUACGGAAGCUGCUCUCAACGAACAGGAGGCUAACGUGACAGUUCCCACUGUUUUGCUCGAGACGGUAAAUGAAGAGCAAUCUAUGCUUUCUGUUUCCACUUCUUCUGGAUCCUAUGGCGAUGAAAACACAGCUCCCAUUGAGUCGUUGGCAGAUGAGUCCGAGACGGAUGAAAUGGAAGAGUUACCUACCGAGGAGAGCGCGGAAUGCCACGCCAAAGUGAUUGACGAAGCCCGAGAAGAGGACAGCGAUAUCGAUCAAAGUGUCCCUGAAGGUGCAGAACAAGACGAGGAUGCUAUAAACGCCACAUCUGACACAGAGGACGAGCUGGAUGAAGUCACUGCUGCCAGCAUAGAGACCUCCCCACCCAAGAACGACCACGCCCCUGCAUAUGUCGAGAGUGUGAUCCAGGAAAUGGAUUUCAACGUAACUCCUGUCCGUCCGGAUCCAGGCCUCCCGAGAUAUGUUCAAACUGUGGUGUCCAAAGUCCCGCUUCGCCCUGAAGGAGAGAUUCCUCUUGCUUCAUCGCCACUCAAAGUUCAGAGGAAAAGACCGCGGUCGCUAUCUUCUUCGCAUGUACAAGCGGUCAAGCGACGUAGCUUAGGCCCCAUCUUGAAGGCUCCCUCAUUUAACAUGGACCCUCUUGCAACCCCGAGGGCGAAUGUGACCAUGUCACCUCAGAGACGAAUUCGCAGUGCUGCACCCAGUCCAGCAAAUUCACUCGCCUCAGGCUUGACGACACCUGGUCAAAUGAGCUUUACCGCCGACGACUUUGGCGACAGUACGCUUGAUGGGAUCGAUUUGCCGGGGGAAGAAUUGAUGUCUGAUGAUGUUGAGGAGACGGAAAUCGCUGAACAGGAUGAGAGUGUCCUAAGCAUUGGCUCUGCCUUGUUCAGAACGCCAGCCGCUGCGUCGAAGAGAAGCAGCAUUGUCCCUUCUACCGGGCAGUCAAAAACAGCUACAACACCUCGCUACGCAAUGAGCACAAAGUCGAGCUCCAACAGACUCAAUGCCACCCCUAAAUUCACGCCCUUAAAAGGAGCUUCCGGGCCUAAGACGCCUGCUACUGUCGCCCGAGCCAAAACUCCGAGCACCUCAGUGAAGCCAAAGUCUGUCGCGAAGACUCCACAGACCGGCCGGAACCCUCUGAAACCAGUCGGAAAUGGUGUUCUUCAUGGUGCAAUUGUCCACACCGACAUCCACACCAGUGAAGGGAUGGACGCUUCGGCCUUCUACAUUGAUCUGCUUACAUCUAUGGGAGCGCGAGUGGUCAAAGAGUGGAGGUGGAAUCCCAGAGCCAGCAUCCCUCCCACCAACCAGGACUCUACCGAUUCGGGUGACUCGAUCGGUAACGUUGGCAUAACGCACGUCGUCUACAAGGACGGUGGGAAACGCACCUUGGAAAAGGUCCGCUCUGCCAAAGGCCAAGUGCUCUGCGUCGGAGUCGGUUGGGUGCUCGACUGCAUGCGCGAAGGCAAGUGGCUUGACGAGUCCGCAUUCGCUGUCGAUGCAAGUAUCAUGCCUCGGGGCGGAUCCCGGAGACGCAAGUCCAUGGAGCCCAGAAUGCUCGUCAACGCCAAUGGGCUUUUAUCAACUAGCAGGGACCAAAGACGGAGCGUCUCUGCCGAGUACAUGGGGUUCACUGGGGAGAUGAAGACGGACUUGAUCAAAACUCCCGUGAGAGGAGAUGAGAACCGUGGAAACGGCGUCGAGGUCGAAGAUGAAUCGGAGAUUAGUUCGACAUACAACUCUCCGACUGCGGCGACGAUGUGGGGAGGUGGUGAUACUGCCAACGUGGGUGCUCUGAUGGCCCAGCAGGACAAGGAGACGCCUGGAUCAGUCGUUUCCAAAAAGUUCACCACAAACGUGUCGACUCCAAAGUCUGUUUCCCUGGAGGUGGACUACGAUCCUCGCACCGCAGCCACGCCGUUGACUCCCUACCUUGUGGCCAAGGGACGAGAGUUGGGGCAAAUGAGUGCGCCUCCGAAACAAAUCAACAAGAGCCUCUUUGAUCGUGACGAAGACGAUGACAGCGCUGCGCCAGAGAAAGGGCAAGCAAAUGGUGGCAAGAAGUUUCAGGUCAAGAUGCAGGGCAAAUCGGCUAAGGGGUUGCUGGACGCGAGGAGGAAGACUCUGGGGGUGGGUGUCGCCGGGAUGGGAUUUCAGCCUCGUUUCGGAAGUCCCUUGAGAAAGGAGUGA